GCCUUGGCCCGCUCGCGCGCGCACCUGCCGCUUCCCCCUUCCCCGCCAGGCGCCAUCCCGACCUUUAUUCCCGCGCGCCCCGGCCAGCUCGCGACGCACCGCAGGACGAGCUCCACCCACCAGACCACGAAAACCCAACCAGCUGCCCCGCCAUGCCCGACACCGAAGGCGGCCACCACCGCGGCGACGCUGCCGUUGCCCGCCAGCUGGAUCUCGUGGCACCUCCCGCUGCACCGGCCACCACCAGCAGCAGCCGUGCCACUACCACUGCCACUGCCACUGCCACCGCCCGUCACGACGAUGAGGAGGAGGACGGAUUCACCUUCGCCGCCGUCGCCGUGCCGUGCCCCGUGUACGCCGUCUUUGGCCGCCCACGGUGGUCGCCGCAGAAGCAGCGUCAACAGGAGGAGGAGGAGGAGGAGGAGGGGCCCGCUGGCACGGGCGCGGCCACCGCGCGGCGGGUGCCGCUCGGGCGGCUCCUCCUGGAGGAGCGGUGGUGCGACGACGGCGCACCGUCGGUGUCGGGGAAACAGCCCGCGGACGCCGCCGAGGCCGAGCUCGACGGCGUGCCGGCGGAGACCUACUGCCUGUGGUCUCCCGCGUCGCCAGCAGCAGGAUCUUCUCGGCGGGCGUCCCCCGCGCGCUGCCGGACGAGAGGAUCAGCCGGUUUGUCGGUCCUCCGGUGGCAGCGGCAGCGGCGGGUCGCCGCCGGCAAGGACAAGUUCGUGUUCCUGGCCGGCGCCGGCGAAGGACACGGGAGCGCCGCCAGGGGUGGCGGCAAAUCGACGACGACGACGUUCCUCCCGUGGAAGCAAGAUCUUGUCGGGCUGGUUGCGAGCGCCAUCACCUUCCGCCCGAGCUGCCAGCCGUUCUGAAAAUUGGCGGCGGCGACGGCGGCAGUGUUCGCUGUAUUUACCACGUGCGGGGGCAUCACCGGCUCACCGCACGCUCUGCAGGUGGGUUGAGAGCUGGCGUCCAUUGUGUGCCGCCCACGCCCUCUCCCACUGCACUAAUCCGGGCCCAUCUCGCUUCAAAACCUGAUCCAAACUAGUGAUAUUGUUUUACUACUGCAUGUGAUUGCGGAAUUGGUUCGCAGAGCUUCAUUUACUGUUAUCACCUCCGGUCGCACUCAAUCUACAUUAAACUAAAAGAUCGGAGGGCUAGUUUAGGUACUCUAGUAUUAACCACAAUUCAUACUUAUUGAGAUGGAUUGAAGUGUAUCUCAACACAUGUGGAUUGAGCUAAAUAAUAGAAAAUUUGAAGAGGAUUUAAUCCCCUUCUAUUUAUUUUAACUAGAAAGAUAUUUAAUCCACUCAAAUACCUUUCAUGCUCUCACUAACUGAAUAAGCCUUAGGCUGCGUUCGUUUGUUCAGGAUAGGGGCAGGAAUGGUUCCAGACGAUCAAAGCCUAUACAAAUUAGAUAAGCAUUCCUGGUUGGAUUGGUUUUAGGUCACGAUUCCGGAACAAACGAACACACCCCAGAUCCGUUCCGUUGAUGCACUCUCGUCGGCAGUCGGUACUAGCCAAAGCGCGUCCACGUCCAUCCCACGGA